CAUGACUGACUGAGCCACAGCCACACCGACCUUUCACACCAUGCUUCCUGCAACAUGAGUCACAGUGCACACACAGGGUUAGGCAGCUUAGCAGUGUGGGUAAAUUUGUCCCCGGCGUCUCCCCGUACUCCGUGACGUCAGAGGCCUGAUCCACAACAACACAGAGCACAGAAGCAAGGAGGAGAGAGAGGGGGAUAGUAGUGGGAUCUGUGGUUACCUGGUACUUAAUAAUUAUGGGGAAGUCGUACUCCCACAUGCCGCCGCAGAAGGACGGGCUGAAGGAGACCUGCUUGCCAUCAGAUGACACCAGCGCCUUGGUUAGCUCGGACGCACACGAAGAGAGCAGGAACGGGGAUGUGUCCCACUUCCCUUACGUGGAGUUUACCGGGAAGGAUAGUGUGACCUGUGCCACGUGUCAGGGCACAGGACGCAUCCCGAGAGGCCGUGAAAAUCAGCUCGUGGCUCUGAUUCCGUACAGUGAUCAAAGACUUCGUCCCAGGCGAACAAAGCUGUACGUCAUGGUUUCGGUCAGCGUUUGCUUGCUGCUGUCCGGGCUGGCGUUGUUUUUCUUCUUCCCGCGUUCCGUUGAUGUUGAGUACGUUGGUAUUAAGGCUGUUGUCGUAACUUACGAUGAACAUGGCCCCUCUGUGUUUCUGAACAUCACGAACACGCUGAACAUCACCAAUAACAACUUCUACCCUAUAGAAGUGGAAAACAUCACCGGACAAGUACAGUACUAUAAAACCGUCAUUGGGAAGUCAAAAUUAAACAACGUCACUAGAAUCGGCCCCCUCGAUACAAAACAAAUUGACUACACUGUGCCGACCAAAAUUGGGAAAGAGUUUGACUAUAUGUACACCUACUGCACCCUGCCGAGUAUUAAGGUGCACAACAUUGUGGUGAAUAUGCAAGUGACGGUGACUAUUUCGUACUUGGGGCACCCCGAGCAGCUGUCCCAGGAGGUCUAUCAGUACGUAGACUGCGGUGGCAACGCAACCUUCCAUCUCGCACUAUGAAGUCCCAGCAGUCUCAGACAGCCGUAGCAACAGCCACGCUGGAGAAGAGUCGGUGUCCUGCAGAUUUGAUGUGGCCGUGUGUACAGUAUGGCUGUGCGUGAUUUGCCACGUGAGCUCACAGCUGGUUAGCGUCUAGUCCUGUAACCUAGACUGAUGGUUUCCAUUCACCAAUGCCUCUCGGACGGCCCGUCACAUAAACACAACCUCUGUAUAGUAACUCGUUUCUGUAGAUGUCUAGCAAUGCAAUGUAUGUAACAUAAAAAGUCACUGCAGCUUGAUCUGCGCUUAAGAUCAGAUUAUCGGUUUCUUUUAACCAUAUUAAGAUACUUGUUUCUUUUAAUCAUGAAAAACGGUUUUGGUGUUUGUUUUAUUUUAAUUUAUUAGAAACGUUAUAGGUUGGACGGUUCUGUGUUUUGUUUCUGGUUUGUGUUCUUGCCUGUCAGGCGCACAGUGGCCCGUGUUGUACUCUCCACUGUGCUAUUACUAUGUGAGGAACCGGAUUACUUCCCUAAGUAGGUACAUAGACCGAUCCCUCCGCGGUGCCUGACGGAUGAUGUAACUAUCGCUGUACCCUGUGACCACUUUCCUAAUGCAGAUUAAUUACUAUGUGUAUUUAACUUUGAAUUAACUUAGUAACCGGUGAUUUUUGUUGUGGCGUUGUAUGAUACAACAUGUAUGGGCGCAUUGAUUAUAGUGUACAGUCUGCUAUGGGUUACACAACUGCAGCUUCUAGAGCAGCAUUAAUCUCCGCCUGCUAGAGGACUAAAAUCCCAGCAUGCUAUGUCAUCUGUACAUGCUGGGAUUUGUAGUCUGCUGCAGCUCCCUAUUGCUGAUCUAGAACAUGAAUAUGCUGUCUGUAACUACUCUUUUUUACACUAAAUCCUCUUUUGCAUUGGGGUGUGAUAUGUGCUAUAUAACGCAUGUGGUCUAUACUCUAUAGUCCCAUUCUACCCCUGUAUUUCUGUGGAAGGUGACUUAGUUUAUUCUCUGUGGAUAGGAACCUCUGUGAAAAAUGGCUUAUCUGGAUUUGGCAUGUAAAUUACAUUAAUAAAUUGCUUUUAUUGUGGGUCA